AUGAAGUUCGAGAGCAUUCUAGAGGAAAUUGAUGGUUUUGGGCCUUUUCAGAUUUUCAUCAUUGUGGCUUUGUGUGUCCCUCGACUAGUUCUGCCUUGUCAUUUCUUGCUGAACAACUUCAUUGCUGCAGAGCCUCCUCACCACUGUGACUUAAGCACCCUGGAUGAUGGGGGACUUUUCAGCAAUUUGACUCAGGAGCAGAAACUAGUGAUUGGCAUUCCUUCGCGAGAGGAUGGGAGGCCAGAACCAUGCGAGAUGUUUGCAGAGCCCCAGUUCCAGCUCUUAUCCAACGUUUCCAAUGGGACCCACAUGCCCACAGUGCAGUGUCAAAGUGGCUGGGUUUAUGAUAACACUACCUUCACCUCUACCCUGGCAACAGAGUGGGACCUUGUCUGUAGUAGAAAAGGCAUAAGUAAAGCCACAAGCUCCAUCUUCUUUGCUGGAGUGAUGGUUGGCGCAGUGUCUUUUGGAGCCCUCUGUGAUAAGUUUGGGAGGAAAUACACCCUCUUGGCCUCAUACAUCGUGUCAGUCGUGUUCAGCUACUCCAGUGCAUUUGCAAAGUCAUACCUCCUGUUUGCAGCUUGGAGAUUUCUCACUGGUUUUGGCCUAGCAGGAGUCAGCUUAAUCUGUCUUGUCCUGGGUAUUGAGUGGGUUGAUGUUGAGCACCGAGCGUUCAUUGGUGUGAUUGGCGGCAUGGCCUGGGCUGUGGGGAACAUGCUAUUGGCAGCUUUUGCCUAUCUGGUGAAUGACUGGCGGAUGCUGAUCAUGACUGUCAGCGCCCCUCUAGGUCUUGCAGUUUUGACUUGGUGGUGGAUUCCAGAAUCUGCCCGGUGGCUUUUAGUCAACGGCAAAGCAGAAAGAGCAGAGUUCUACCUUGAUAAAUGUGCUCAAAUCAACAAGAGACCAAUAUUAUCAUCAAAAUUAAAAAUGGAGGCAUUGUCCAACACAGAGAUCAUGGAAAACUCAAACAAGAGUUACUCUUACCUUGACCUAAUUAAGACCCCAAAGAUGAGACAAUUAACUCUACUGUCUGGGUUUGUGUGGUAUGGAGUAGCCUCAACAUACUAUGGAAUCAGUCUGAACAUAGGGGGAUUUGGCUUGAACAUCUACCUCAACCACUUCAUCUAUGCUGCCAUUGAACUGCCCGCCAAGCUUCUCGUCUAUUUCUGUGUCAACACCAUUGGACGGAGAAAGUGUCAGGCAGGCACACUCUUACUUACAGGAACCUGCAUUGCUGUAAACAUCUUUAUUCCCAAAGAUGUUUGGCUUGCACGGACUAUUGUGGCCACGCUUGGGAAAGGACUAUCAGAAGCUUCCUUCACCACUCUCUUUCUGUACACAACUGAGCUUUUUCCCACAGUUGUAAGGCAAAAUGCCAUGGGUUACACCAGUUGUACGAGUCGUCUUGGUGUAACAAUGGCACCGCUCGUUCUGAUGCUGGACGAAGUGUGGAAAUUUCUUCCAGACGUCAUCAUCUGCUCUGUUGCUAUUGCAGCUGGCCUAGUGUCUUUGUGCCUUCCAGAAACACUUAAUGUAAGGCUGCCAGAGACUAUUGAGGACAUCGAGCAUCCAAGAAGAAAUGACAUCUCUUCUUUCUCCAUUGAGAACACAGAUGUUAUUGUGGGGUUACAAAGCACAACGGACAUCGAUCAGUGAAGAGAGGAUAAUGACAA